UUUUGCCUCAUCCAUCUCAUCGUUGCGUCUUGAGUUCGCCUCAUGGUUGUCCUCAUCAUCUCUGUGGGAUUGUCUCGUUGUCUCGCGUCUAUAUUCGCCCUCAACACGAUGGUGUGAUGAAAAAGCAGUGUUCGUCUGGUUGCACUAGGCAUCUAUGACUGACAAACAAAUGCGCUCGGGUGGUCUCAUGCACUAGCCAAAGCGCCAGUAGUUUGGGGAUCAAUCAGGUGUCGAUGGUCGACGACGGGAGAAGAUAAAUCUCGUUGCCAGUUUCCUGCAAAGACAGCAGCAGCUCGCAGAAUAUUUAAACCCUUUGAUAUCAAGGAGACAACGAAACUCUUCACUUCCCCAACCUACGGCUUUGUAUCAUGCGGCCCUACGCAAUAAUAUAUCUUCUUGUAUCUACAUGCUUGACUUCUACAGCAUUUUUUAUCGACCCACCAUUCCCUUCUACCGUCAUCGUAGGCCAAGCCGUUACGUUCACUUGGAUUCGCAACUCUUCGACAGAUCCAUCCGAGUUUAGUUUUCUGGAAAUCCCACUUAGCUCGCCAGAGUUAGCACCUAUAUUUCCAGUUCCAGUGGACAAGGCACUUCAGGAAAGCGGUUCAAUUACUUUAACUUUCUUCCAACCGUCGCCAUUUUUGGUUGUAGCAGUCGACAACAAUGCCAUGAACACGUUCUUUACAGCUGUCGGAACGAUAGUGGCUGAACGACUUCAGACCAUAGUUGUAUCUGGAGCCACCACCAGUACAUCAACUACAUCUACUGCCGACGCGAACUGGAACACCAGUCUUCGACUUCCGACCCCGGUGUACGCACCAAUUGUUCCUCCAACAAACCCCCCGACGGCUACCGUUACAGCACUACCUCACACGUCGAAUACUGGUGCUAUUGCCGGCGGCGUAGUGGGCGGCGUGCUUGCCCUGUUUCUGGUCGCCACGGUUGUCUUUUGUAUCUUACAGCGAAGGAACAAAAAGCUGAAACAUGAUUUUGAUCCAACACCCUAUUUGGAUUGGCCAGUUUCCAGUUCCGACGCACCUUACAUGGAGAUCGGGGCAAGAAAGGCGCAGAUGAUCGGACAAAGGGAACGACUUCAACGUGAGUUGGAGGCGUAUGAACAAUCAGCCCAAGAGUCGAACUCAAGAAGUGGGGCCUUUCCCAAUGGUGUCAAUGGAUCGAAUCAGGAAGAAGAUGUUGUACAAGCACUCCGUCGUCAGAUGGAAGUUUUAACAAAGAUAAUGGCGACUUUGGAGGCAGGAAUGGCACCGCCUGAUUUCAGUUCCCGUACGAGCCGAUUACCGUAACUCCUAGCCAUUAUACAGAAAUUUGGACCCUUUGUACUCGUAUCGUUUGGACUUUAUUCCGG